AUGACUUUGACACUAUUUAGUUUCAAUGGAUUAACAGCGGAAUACAAAACCAAAGCACUCUACCACCACUCUCACGAGGUAGUGCAGUCCGGUAGGUUACAUGUAUACCACUCUCCCGAGGUAGUGCAGUCCAGUAGGUUACAUGUAUACCACUCUCCCGAGGUAGUGCAGUCCGGUAGGUUACAUGUAUGCCACUCUCCCGAGGUAGUGCAGUCCGGUAGGUUACAUGUAUGCCACUCUCCCGAGGUAGUGCAGUCCGGUAGGUUACAUGUAUGCCACUCUCCCGAGGUAGUGCAGUCCGGUAGGUUACAUGUAUGCCACUCUCCCGAGGUAGUGCAGUCCGGUAGGUUACAUGUAUACCACUCUCCCGAGGUAGUGCAGUCCAGUAGGUUACAUGUAUACCACUCUCCCGAGGUAGUGCAGUCCGGUAGGUUACAUGUAUGCCACUCUCCCGAGGUAGUGCAGUCCGGUAGGUUACAUGUAUGCCACUCUCCCGAGGUAGUGCAGUCCGGUAGGUUACAUGUAUGCCACUCUCCCGAGGUAGUGCAGUCCGGUAGGUUACAUGUAUGCCACUCUCCCGAGGUAGUGCAGUCCGGUAGGUUACAUGUAUGCCACUCUCCCGAGGUAGUGCAGUCCGGUAGGUUACAUGUAUGCCACUCUCCCGAGGUAGUGCAGUCCGGUAGGUUACAUGUAUGCCACUCUCCCGAGGUAGUGCAGUCCGGUAGGUUACAUGUAUGCCACUCUCCCGAGGUUGUGCAGUCCGGUAGGUUACAUGUAUGCCACUCUCCCGAGGUAGUGCAGUCCGGUAGGUUACAUGUAUGCCACUCUCCCGAGGUAGUGCAGUCCGGUAGGUUACAUGUAUGCCACUCUCCCGAGGUAGUGCAGUCCGGUAGGUUACAUGUAUGCCACUCUCCCGAGGUAGUGCAGUCCGGUAGGUUACAUGUAUGCCCUUCUUUAAUUUUCUUUGAUUUGGGAGAUGACGUUUUCUGUCUACAAAAUAUAACUUUUCACGUAAACUAUUUAUUGCAAGGCAAUGACAGAAAAUGUAUGAAGUAAUAGUUGAAUUAAGCUAUGGUCAGUGUUGUAGGUUUUAAGUCUGAUUGGCUCUAUUUUGAAUGCAGCUUCAUAUUGUGCCAUUGACACUUGUUUACUCGAUGCUAGCUGUCAGGAUCUUUUGUCAGUUUUGACGAUUUCUAAAUCAAGUGUUAUAUCCGUCCAUCCAGGACACGCUGGUGUGCAAAUCAAACGCACUAAGGUUUAACAUUGUAGAAUGUUUCAAAAGUACAAGUACUGUAUGUGAUGUUUUUCAAGCUACUUAAAUGAUGCUACUAGGUCCUUAUUUUUUUGUUAUUUAUCUCUUAAAGAUGUUGUCUCAGUUAUUUAAGAGUUCAUUUGUAAAAUGAACACAGAUUGUUUGUCUAAAAUCUGUCUUGAGUUAUCGUCCUUAGUAACCCAAGGAAGCACUUGUCUUUCUCAGAUAUGUUUUAUGUCAUAUUUUACUUGAGUGAAAUUAGGAAAUUUAAUUUAUCAGGUUAGCAUGUACACUGACUAUUUUAUGUUAUUUUGGAAUGAUUGUAAUACUUAAUAGUAACCAUUUAUUUAUAGUACCAGUCAAAAGUUUGGACACCUACCCAUUCAAGGGUUUUUCUUAAUGUGUACUAUUUUCUACAUUGUAGAAUAAUAGUGAAGACAUCAAAAU